UAGGAACCUCACUUGUCACUGGGCCAGGGGUUUGUUAGGGCAGUCCCCAUUUCCUCUCCCUUUGGCUAACUUAUUCUUCCCCACCUCUCCAUAGAGACAGGCAUCCAUUCCCAACAGCUGGGUCGACUAGGAGAGAGAUAUGGCGAUGCCCUUGCUGUGAACAUUACAUGUUCAGUCUCCCAUCCACGAUCUACGUCCAUGCUCCCAUCAAUGUCAUAGAAACAUCGUGACUUUGUUAAAGCUUGUUUUCUUCAAUGAGUGAAAUGCCUGGUCAACGACAGUUGUUGAACAUUUGUUUCUCAUGCCUUCGCUACAGUCGAAUAUUUGAAAGAGGACCUCCACUAAUUCCUAACCGAGGAAUCAGUAAUAUCUUUGUACGUGGCAAUAUAGAAUGUUCAUGUCAAUAUUCUACUACCUCUCAAAGUUCUUCUAAUGAUGAGAACAAACAGCAGAAGGAUUUCAAAAUUGAAAGCAACCCCUUUUAUGAAAAAUACAGGGACAAACUUAAGCAUUUGUCAGACUCUGAUCCUGAAGGGUAUUCAGAUCGCAUGCAGCAACUGCUGGAAGAACGAAAGAGACCAGCAAAACAUUCAUCGCAACAGUCAUCAUUGGCACUAGAUAGGACUACUGCAACUCCACAACCCAUACCACAGUCUGCAUCAUACACAAAGUCCAAGGGACUUGAUUCUAUCAUGAAAUUGGAGCUUGUGCAAGACAAAUCGCCAGCAGAAAUUGAACUGAUUUGGAAGGAAUAUCACAGUCAAAAAGACUGUGUUUAUGCAGUUCUAAAGAAAGAACAAUUUGAGGACUUAAUGAUAAAAGGAAAAAGUUGUCCAACAUUUGUAUAUCCAGUACCAAAAAAUGAUGGAUAUGAGUUCACACUUAUGCAGUUUGAUGGCAAAGACCUUCAGUUUACACCACUAGGGAUGUACCAGAUUUUAAGAGAAAAUGCGCCUGCCUGCCUGUCAGUUGUCUACUACACAGAGCUUAUGGAAAGUAAAGGCUUGGUGCUGAUGUCCGGUCAAUAUGAUGACAAGGUUUUGAAACGAGAAGAUGCACUUCUGCUUGUCCAAAUGAUUGCCAUCUACUAUGGGAAAGAUUCCCCUCGUUUUCAUAAAGUGCAUGCCUUCAAUCACACACCUGAUAAAUUCGAUUACAAUGAACUGAUUGAAGAGUUUAAAAGCAUGUAUACAAAUGUGCAACAACCGUCAGUUACAAACUAACAUGCUUUUUACAGCGUAAUACUACAAAUAAUGGAAAGCUUAUAGAGGUUUUACUAGACUUAUGUAUCCAUAAUUUUUUGCUUUAAAAAAAAAGCCAGAAUAAAUACAGUAGAGCAUUGCUUUGUUUUUAGUUUCGGGGGGGUGGGGUUCUCAGUGCUAACACGCCGGGGGCAGUGGGAAGGAAAGUGUGCAUUUUAAUGUAGGUAUCAUUGUGUGUAUACCCUGGUGCUAGAUACUCUUUUUUAAACAAAAUAAAUUAUGUCUGUUUUUAAAUACUAUGGAAAAAUAAACAUUUGAAACAUG